AUGAGCCAAGUCUCCCUUUCGUUCAAAAGCGCCAUGCUACCUCCACGCGCCAAGCGACUAUAUCGUCGUCGGACUAUCCAAACGCUAAUUGUUUCGAUAAUCUUUGUAGUCGGGAUCAGCGUACUCUUUGCUAGUUAUGCAUGUCUUCAAUCCCACAGCCAUGUCAGGCACGCUAUCGCACCUUCCACCACCACUGCUCCCAAACCUGUGGCCUGGAACCCGAUAAGACGGCAAGCAAACCUGCGCAUUGCAAAAGCUACGAUUCUAUACGAUGGAGGAAGUGAGUUGUACGAGAAAGCGAUUAGCUUGCACGAUCAGCACAUUGGGGAAGGAUGGAGAUACAAGAUUCACGUGCUGCGCUCCAGAAUAGUAAGAGGAGCGUUGAACAAACCGCUGUGGUUGCAAGAAAUCAUUACUUCAGAGUUACGAAAAAAUGUCGAGGAUCGUGUGGAGUGGAUACUAUACUUUGAUCCCUCGGUUCUACUUCAAAACUUCAACAUGCCGCUGCAUCGCUUUCUCCCGCCGAUUACAGAUGUUGAGCAUUUCAAAAUCCUAUCAAUCAUCGCCGCGAAACCUGAUGGCAAACAUUUAAGCACCUCAGUCUUCUUUAUGCGCGUCAGCGCCGUUUCAUUGCGUAUCCUUACUGAAGCCAUGGCUGCCAUGUACAACGGGCCUCCGAGCGAUAACGGCAAGGUCCUAGAUACAUCACUACAAUAUGUACUUGAAAAAGACGAGCACAGAGAACACGCUCUCUUUCAACCCGCAAGCUGGUACAACAGCACUUUCUCCCUCUUCCAACAGCCUUAUCUCCCCACACAGGCACAUCGCAUAAUCUUUCUGAGCGAUGCGUUAUCGACUUCAUUUCCUUUGGCGGACAAAGACCAUAAGUUGUUCCCCGAUGAUGAAGCAGUAAACGUCUUCUGGGACGCUGUUGCUGAAGCAAGGAGAGUGCUGGAUGAAGCAAAGGAGAAGGGCCAGACUGCUGAGAAGGGCGAAUGGUGGAAGGUGGUCAGAGAAACGAGGGAUUGGGUUGAGCUAAGAGCUUGGAAUGUACAGGAGGUGCGUAGAAGGGUGGCUGUGUUGAGGGAGGGGCUGGAGAUUGAGUGA